CAUGCCUGCUGGUGACAACCCACACUCAAUUUCGGAGAAAAAGGCAGCAUUGAGGGAGUCACCUAAACAGUCCAAGAAUGCUACUGUUAAUCAGCAAGCCAGAGCUCCUCCUUUUCCUAAAGACAAAGCUGCUGAGACCGUUGGCAUCAAGAGGCCACAACCUAAUGGCCCCUUGAGCCCAACCAACCAUCACGUGCCAGGAAAUCCAGGGGCAAAUGGUCAUCUUGUAUAUGUGCGUAGGAAGGUUGAAACCGACCAAAGCAAAGGGGGCGCUACUUCUGGAGCAGAAGGCGCUACUUCUCUGAGCUCGAAGAAACCUGGUAUUUGUGGACCGCAGGAACAAAGUUUGAAGCGUCAGAACAGUGUGCCUAAUGCUCAAUCAGCUCCUGUUUCGGCAUCUCCUGCUGCAUCUGCUUCCAUCCCUGCUUUGCACUCUGCAAGUUUGCCGGCUAACCUUUCUUUUGCAAAGCAAUCUCCAGGAAAGGUUUCCGCUCAGCCUAGUGUUGCUGUGACUGCUAGUCCGCCACAGCGCAAUGUUGUGUCUACUGCAAUGCCUCAGAACUUUGCAGCUGUUAAUGCUGCUAGUCCGCCUCAGCGCAAUGUUGUGUCAACUGCAAUGCUUCAGAACUUUACAGCUUCUAAUACUGCUAGUCUGCCGCAGCGCAAUGUUGUGUCUACUGCAAUGCCUCAGAACUUUACAGCUGCUAACACUGCUAGUCCGCCUCGGCGCAAUGUUGUGUCUACUGCAAUGCCUCAGAACUUCACAGCUGCUAACACUCCUAGUCCGCCUCAGCGCAGUGUUUUGUCUACUGCAAUGCCUCAAAACUUUACAGCUGCUAGCACUGCUAGUCCGCCUCAGCGCAAUGUUGUGUCUACUGCAAUGCCUCAGAACUUUACAGCUGCUAAUACUGCUACUCCAACACACGGCAAUGUUGUGUCUGCCGCAGUGCCUCAGAACUUUACAACUGUUACUAUGGCACACUGUAAUGUUGCGGCUACUAGUACAGCGUCUCGUGAUGCUGUAGCUACUACUACAACACGUAGUCCGGCCAGUUUGCAAAGAUCAAGCAAUCAAGAUUGGAAAGAGAGGUUUCUCCGGUUGCAGGAAUUCUUGAAAAGCAAUGAGCAAUCAGGACAGGAAGAAUAUAUUCGCAUGCUCCACUCUUUGUCAUCUGUUGGCCGGAGCAAGCAUGCCAUUGAGCUGGAGAAACGAGCAGUCAAUCUCUUGAUUGAAGAAGGGAAGGAGCUCCAGAAGAUGAAAUCUCUGAAUGUACUUGGCAAGCUUCCACCCACCGAUCAUCCAUCAGUACCAACACAGCCCACAUUUGCCAUGCGCCUGCCGUUCCAGCCAUUCCCAGCCCGCCGUUGA